AUGAACAUUCUUUUCAUCUUUGUGGCAUUUCAACUGCCUUUAUUUAAGAAGGAUGCAGAUAAUAAAGAAAACGAAGCUCUGCUGACUUACAGUUGCCAAAAGGCAUUUAGGUACGAAAUGGAGCCACGUAUUGCUUAUAUGCGUGGCGAUGAUGUCCAGAGGAUAUCAUCAAAGAGGUUGAUGGGCAAAGUUGCUGUUAUAACUGGUGGUGCAAGAGGGAUUGGGGCAGCCACAGCAAAAGUAUUUGCAGAAAAUGGAGCAAGUGUUAUCAUUGCUGACAUACUCGACGACCUGGGGACCUCCCUAGCUGAUUCCAUUGGAGGCCGAUACAUACACUGUGAUGUCGUCAAUGAAGGCGACGUAGAAUCAGCUGUAAAUCUUGCACUGACAUGGAAGGGGAAACUAGACAUCAUUUUCAACAAUGCAGGAAUUGCUGGCACUGAAGGGAGCAUCACCAACAUAGACAUGGAGCAAGUGAAGCACCUGCUCUCAGUUAAUGUCAACGGAAUUCUACAUGGAAUCAAGCACGCUGCAAGGGUCAUGAUCGAAGGCCGAAAAGGCGGGUGCAUCAUAUGCAUGUCAAGCUCUGCAGCUAUCAUGGGAGGCCUUGGAUCACAUCAUUAUUCACUAUCAAAAGAAGCUAUUAUUGGAUUGAUGAGGAGCACUGCGUGUGAGUUAGGGGUGCAUGGAAUUCGUGUCAAUUGCAUUUCCCCUCAUGGUGUCGCCUCGGAGAUGCUUGUCGGUGCCUUCAGAAAGAUCCAUGGGAAAAAGGAUAUGACACCUGAAGAAGUCAGCACGAUUGUUGGAGAGAGAGGUAGUCUUUUGCGAGGAAGAAGUCCAAGCCUGGAAGACGUAGCACAAGCUGUACUGUUUCUUGCCAGUGAAGAAGCUGGGUAUAUAACAGCACACAAUCUCGUUGUUGAUGGGGGUUAUACCUCUGCUAGCAGUAACAUGAGUUUCAUCUACCAGUAG